AUGUGGUCUGCUGAAGCCAGCCUGUUCUCUACGCUGUAUAAAUUCUCGAAGAUCAAGGAAGACCUUGGACUGUCGAGGUUCCUGCUGCUUCAACUGCUAUUGUCCCUGCUGAGGCAGGGGCUAUGGAGGAGCUUACUGUCACUGAGGAGAGCUGUCCUUAGGCUGACGCUGUUAUUCCUGCUGAGGAAGAAGCUGUUGCUGAGGCAGAGGAAAGCUGUCCUCCUUAGGCUGAGGCUGUUGUUCCUGCUGAGGAAGAAGCUGUUGCUGAGGCAGAGGAAAGCCGUUCUCCUUAGGCUGAGGAAGAAGCUCUUGCUGAGGCAGAGGAAAGCUGUCCUCCUUAGGCUGAGGAAGAAGCUCUUGCUGAGGCAGAGGAAAGCUGUUCUCCUUAGGCUGAGGAAGAAGCUCUUGCUGGGGCAGAGGAAAGCUGUUCUCCUUAGGCUGAGGCUGUUGUUCCUGUUGAGGCAGAGGAAAGCUGUCCUCCUUAGGCAGAGGUUGUGAAGGAAAUUAGCUUUAACGAUCUUUCAAAAGUCGCCCGCCUCUAUGGGAUUGCUCCCUCGUCAGGCAAGUGCUAUAAGGACAAGCGCCUCCCGCUCGUUGAAGUCGCUACCCUUAUACACCCCGGGAUGAAGAAACUCGGCGAGGGGACAUACGCCGUGGUGUAUGCCGUCGGUCGGGCUGGCCUGCCUCCUCUGUGCAUGAAGCUGUACAAAAGGCAAGAUGCCUAAUUCCAUUUCGAGGAGGCCGAGACUCUUUAUAAGCUGAGGGGUGUUCCUGGGCUUCCCAAGUUGGUGGGGUUGUCCCUCAACCCCGCCGUGGUGUUGAUGACCUGCCAUGGGGACCUGGAAUUCAGUACGUGGAUUAGCAGACACUUCGACCUGGACGAGUACCUCAAGAUCCUUCUGCACCUCAGCACAAUCUUGCACGGCCUUCACAGCCGGGGCUUCACACACAACGAUCUCAAGAGAGACAACGUGGUCAUCGACAAGCACAACGUGCCGACCCUAAUUGAUGUGGGCUUAUUAUCGUCCUUGUAAAGCCGCCCUUACUAUUACAACGCGAUCAAGGCGCCCUGCGAUGUCGAGAGAAGGCGCGCAAAGUAACAUAGCCACUUGGCCCCUGAGAUCUUUCGCGGACAAAAGGCUUUUCCCAGCGCCGACGUCUACUCCUUCGGUUAGAUCCUGCGCAGUGCCUGGAGGGUAUCUCGGCACGAGCACGUCCGUGAGAUUGGUUAUCUGAUGGUGGCGUGCCUGGCGUCCGACCCGAGACUCCGCCCGUCGCUUCCACAGAUCAUAAAGCUGCUCACUAAUGCGCUUCGGCGGCGUGAGGCCAGGGAGGAGAACGGACGGAGGUCAAAGUGAAAGCAUGUCCUUUCCUUU